AAUCCCAAUUAUAGCUUUGGGAAAUCUAUUUCACACGUCAACGUCUCUCUCUCUCUGCACAUUUAUAUUCUCCAGCUUCACUUAUACAUUCUCAUUUUCUACCUUCUGCAACUCGUGAAUUGCUCGAAAUUUCAGAUCGAAAAUGAACCGAGAAGCGGAAGAAGAAGAGAAAGAGCGAAUUCCUAUAAAGGAGCGGCCCGAAUGGGCUGACGUCCGGCCUGUUCCGCAGGACGACGGCCCGAAUCCGGUGGUGCCGAUUGCCUACACCGAUGAGUUCAGUGAAACCAUGGAUUACUUCAGAGCAGUAUACCUAGCCGAUGAGCGAUCCCCGCGCGCACUUCAGCUCACUGAAGAGGCGAUUCUUCUUAACUCAGGCAAUUACACCGUCUGGCAGUUCAGACGUCUGAUACUUGAGGCGCUUAAUGCUGACUUACACGAAGAACUGCAGUUUCUUGACCAGAUUACAAGAGAAAAUGGCAAAAACUAUCAGAUUUGGCAUCACAGACGGUGGCUUGCUGAGAAGCUCGGGGCACAGGUUGCAAGUAAGGAGCUUGAUUUUACCCGGGAAAUAUUCUGUAAUGAUGCAAAGAACUAUCAUGCCUGGUCCCAUAGGCAGUGGGUUCUUCAGGCUCUUGGAGGAUGGGAAGAUGAGCUUGCGUACUGCAGCGAACUCAUUGAAGAUGAUAUUUUCAACAAUUCUGCUUGGAAUCAGAGAUAUUUUGUUGCAAGUAAAUCUCCUCUCCUAGGGGGGCUAGAGGUUAUGAGGGACUCUGAAGUUGCUUAUGCAAUCGAAGCCAUUUUGACCAAACCUGAGAACGAGAGCCCUUGGAGGUACCUCCGUGGUCUUCACAAGAACGACGGUAACUCUCUGGCCAACGAUCCUCGAGUGGCAUCAGUCUGCUUGGACGUUUUGGCUAGAAAAUCAGGUUAUAUUCAUGCUUUGAACAUGAUUCUCGACCUUCUUUGUCAUCGCCAUCAACCGACCAAAGAGUUGAAAGACGCCGUUGAUGCUGUGUCUCCGGACCCGAAUCCGUCGGAUGUUGGCAUAGCUGAGAAUGUGUGUUGUAUCUUGAAGUUGGUCGAUCCCAUGAGAGCAAGUUACUGGGAGUGGCGAAAGAGCACUGUUCCUGCUCAAGAUUAACGCUAUUGAUAGUAGAAAGAGAUUGCUUGUUUAAGUAGAAUAUUUUUUUUUCCCUCUUCCUAAUUUAUUUGUGUCAUGUAUCUUAACAAGAUUUACUGCAGUUUGGCAUGAGGAAAAUAGGAAACUUGCUCAUCCUUUUAUGCUGCUAAAGUGAAAUAAAAAUUUUAAAACUUUUUUCGAGA